AUACAAUUUGUAAAUAAAGUGUAAAUAAAAACGUUGGUGAUAUAAAUCGUUUUUUAAUUGCAAAUAUAACGAAAAUGAAGUGUUCGCGGCUAAGUGUCCUCCUACUGUUGAUGGGUUUUCCCGCAUUGAUUUUGGCCGAGAACAUCUUUAAAAUCAAUAUCUCGCCCGAGGAAGCACAACAAUACCUUAAUCAAGUCACUUCAUCAGCCGGAUUUAAUAAUAUUGAAUACGCCCCCAAGACCGGCGAAAAUCCACUACCCGAGUCGCGCAACGAGAAAGGUGAAUUUGUAUAUAUGGGACGCGUAAUAGAUCGGCCGGAAGAUUAUGUCGAAGAACACUACGAUGCACAUCAAUACCACGGGCAAGACGGUUUGGGACAAUUUGCUUAUGGCUAUAAAGAUUGGAAUCAGGGUAAAAAUGAAAAAAAAGAUCAAUCGGGCACAGUAACUGGCACCUAUAAGUAUGUUCAACCCACUGGUCGCGAUUUCAUUGCAACAUAUUAUGCUGAUAGAACUGGCUUCCACGUUGAAGAUAAUCGGCCAGAACAUGAAAAAUCGCCACCUACAAAAACUCCUGCCGUACGUCAAGCCGAAGAGGAACACUUUAAAUUGUGGGGUGAAUUGGCAGCGGCUGCCGGACAUAAUCCUGAUCCGUUUGCUCCUGAAUAUCAACAAGAGGGUCGCUAUGAACCACCUCCACAGCAAAAUGAGUACGUCCAUCAAGAACCACCUUACGUGCCCGGUCCGGACGAGCAAGGUGAACCCAAAGGAUUCUUUUAUGCUUUCGAUUAUAAUGUACCGCUAUUGCGUAAUAAGCAAGAAAGAGCGGAAUUGGAACAAUUAAGGGCCAAUAAUAAUAAUUAACGGCAAUUUAUCAAAAUUUAUGUAAGAAAAUUAGUUAAAACGAAUAAAAAUUAAUUUAGUUUAUUUAUUUCUUCCAUAGCAUAAAUGUACUAAUAAAACUGAGUUUACUUUCUUUAAAAAAAUAAAAUAAUAAUAAUAAUAAUAAUAACUCAGAAGUUUUGUC